UAUAAAUCUUUUCUCCGUGAAAGUCUUGCUCUUUCCUAAUCACAAACCAAUCCUCAAAAAACUCUCAGAAAAGCACAUGGCCGCCAUGUGCAACCUUCUCUACCCACCAAACCCAGCUCUUAAGCGCCUUCACUCACCCUACCUUAGAUCCUCCUUCUUCACACACCCACCUUAUCUCACUCCAACCAACUUCACGGCCAAACCCAGAAGUAGACGACAAGUCACUGUUCAAUCCAACGGCAGCAACUCCGCCGACGCCCCCGACCGCUUAAUCUCGGCCGUGUGUUACUUCUACCCUUUUUUUGAUGGCAUACAGUAUGGAAAAUACGUUAUCACCCAAUUCGCUCCCAUGCAAGCUCUCAUCGAACCGUUGGUACCGGCUAUAAGGGUCUUUAAGAGCUUUCCCUUUAAUGGGUUCUUGGUGUUCUUGACCCUUUACUUCGUGGUUGUGAGGAACCCCAACUUUAGUAGGUACGUGAGGUUCAAUACCAUGCAAGCUAUUGUGCUUGAUGUGCUGCUGAUUUUUCCUGAUGUUCUGGAGAGGAGCUUCAAUCCGAAAGGUGGGUUGGGCCUGGAUUUGUUGAUGAGCUUGGACAGCACUGUGUUUUUGUUCCUUCUGGUGUGUUUGAUUUAUGGGUCUUCUUCUUGCUUGGUGGGUCAGUUGCCCAGAUUGCCCAUUGUUGCUGAAGCUGCUGAUAGGCAAGUUCUUUAAUUUAACACCCAUUUGGUUCUCAUUUAAAGCUUUUGUAGCCAAUUGUAAUUUGUUUUGAAUCAUAAAAGGAAGAAAUUUGUAUAAUGAAUUGCUGUUUUUGUUGUGUCACUAUGUUCCAGUUUUAAUCAAAUUAAGAAAGUUCUUCAUUUUGUA